GGUGGAAAGAAGGAAUCCCAGAAGAGAGGGCGCAGAGACCAGGGGGAAAAGCCGCCAGCCCAGGCUCAGGGAGAGGGGAGAAGGAAGCAACAGGAGCCUCGCGAUCGCCCCGUUUAUCUCAGAGCCCCACAGGGACGCAUCAUCAUCCUGCUGAAGCUGGCCGCCGACCACCCGUUCCUGAAGGAGAUGCGGGAGCGCGGCGAGAACCUGUACGUGGUGAUGGAGGUGGUGGAGACCGUGCAGGAGGUCACCCUGGAGAGGGCCGGCAAGGCCGAGGGCUGCUUCUCCCUCCCGUUCUUCGCCCCGCUGGGGCUGCAGGGAUCCGUCAACCACAAGGAGGCCGUCACCAUCCCCAAGGGCUGCGUCCUGGCCUUUCGCGUGAGGCAGCUGCUGAUCUCUGGCCGAGAUGAGUGGGACAUUCCGCACCUGUCCAGCGACGGCUCGCAGACCUUCCCCGCUGGAGAAAAGCCGGGAGAAGAGAAGUUCACGCGUAAGUGUUCCUUUCCCUCCUCGUGUGACUUUGUUGACUCCGGUUUAAGACUCCGGUCCUCUCCUUCCUCCUGCGUGGGGCAGCGGGAAAGGUGGCACAGCAGGUCCAGGCAAACAGCGGCUCCCAACACGUGGCAGGACUGCCGUGGCUUAGGAAAAAGCAGCCCAAGGGGGAGAUCCUGGGACAAGAGGUCCGGGUGGCCGGAUGGGCCUUUGUCCCCAGGGGCUGUGCUGGCUGUCACCUGUGCCCCGCCCUCGUGCCACUCCGCCAGCUGCCACUGCAUCACCUCAAUCCGGGUGCCUCUUGCCCAAUUAGUUCCUAUCUCAUUCCAUUCCCACCUCCCAGAAGUAGAGCAAGCUGUGCGACAGCUGGGCCUGUCGUAUCCCAGUCCCCGGGGUACCCGCCACCCUGAAGGGCGGCUUCUCAUGGCUCUUUUCUUUCUUAUUUUUUCAGUUAUCCAGGCAUCUGAUGUCGGGGAGGUGCAUGAGGACUUCACGACCCUGAAAGAAGAGGUCCAGAGAGAGACCCAAGAGGUGGGCAGGCUGAGCCAGUCGGGGCAGGGCUCUCUGCUCAGCUCCCUCAGCAAUCUGCUCGGUAAGAAGAAGGAGCUGCAGGACCUCGAGUUGGAGCUUGAAGGGGCGCUAGAGAAGGGCCACGAAGUGAUGCUGGAGGUGCUCCCGAAGGACAUCCUGCUGUCAAAGGAGUCCAUGGGUGCCAUCCUCUAUUUUCUUGGAGCCCUCACAGUGCUAAGUGAAGCCCAACAGAAGCUUCUGGUGAAAUCCAUGGAGAAAAAGGUCCUCCCGGUGCAGCUGAAGCUGGUGGAAAGCACGCUGGAGCAGAAUUUCCUGCAGGACAAAGAGGGUGUUUUCCCCCUGCGCCCUGAGCUUCUCUCCGCCCUUGGGGAAGAGGAACUGACGCUCACGGAAGCCCUCGUGGGGCUCAGCGGCCUGGAAGUGCAGCGAUUCGGCCCACAGUACACGUGGGACCCCGACACCCUGCCCCGGCUCUGCGCCCUUUACGCCAGCCUCUCCCUGCUCCGGCUCCUGGCCGGGUCCCCCUAGUGUCCCUCCUCCGCCUGCUCCACGCCGGGACCUUAGCCUGAGAUCCUGGCGGGUCACCCACAAUAACCAACUCCCGUCGCCUCCGUCUCCCCACCCUGUGAACCCAUCGGGGAUGUGAAAUCCUGUAGGAGUAGAAGCGCUCGGCCUUUGAAUUACGAGCUAUUUUGGCAAAACUGGAGAGGAAAAAAAAAAAGAGACAGAUUAAUUUAAUAUCCUAAUCUUUUCCACUUCUUCUUCUAUAAAGCAAGCAUGAGGGCCGUGGAUUUAGUUCAGUGAUGACGUGCCUGUCUCACAAAUUGUGCAAAAAUAAAUAAACUAUAAAAA